UUCAGUGCAUUUGGGAGCCUUGUUUGUUGUUAUUAUUAUUUUCUUUUAUGUUUGCUAUUUUCAAUGUUUUCAAUUAAAUAAUUGUCGAUUAUUUGCGUAAAUACGACAAUGCAAGUAAAAAAUAAUAGUCUUACAAUAUCACCACGUGUUUUUACAGCUAUUCAGAAUGUUAAUAUUAGUGAACUAUCGCAAUGUUCGCAAAAAGAAAUACGACCUCUUUUGCCGUGUCUUGUACGAAUGAGCCUUAUCUUAUCAUUAGAUAUUACUAGAGACUGUGUGGAAGCAAGGAAAGAAAUCCUCAAAAUACUUUCGGGUAUUGAAUCAGUAAAUUCUAUCGUCGCUUUGUUGUCUAUCGAUUUUCAUGCACUGGAGACAGACGUGAGGAGAGAGCAACAAUUGAGACAAAAAUUGGGUAAUACCCAAGGCGAUAGUAUACUAGCUCAGUCACUUCAAGGAGGCUUAGCAUUGGAAUUUGAACGCAGUGAGUCUACUCGAAAAAUUCGUUUAGUUUUAAGUGAAUUACUUUUCAUAUCAUCACAGAUUCAAGAAAAUCAUAACAGGAACAAUGAACUCACUGCAAUCAAGCAAUCAGAUUUAUUCGAUAAUAUCGUAUACAUGGAAGAAAUAAGUUAUGUGAUAUGUAUAGCACUAGCUGAAUUACCAGCUUUAUUGUCAAUAAAAGAUAUCGCUGAAACACUUCUUCAUGUAAAACAUGGACCAGAUAUAAUAUGUUGGGUAGUUGCUAAUAGCCCAGAUAGUUUUUCGGAAGUUUGUACUCAUUUAAUCGCAAAUGGUGAGAGACAAGAGGAAUCUUCACUCGGCAGAAUUCGGAGCCAAACAUUAACUAUGCUCUGUAAAAUGAAUCCUAGUCAAGCUCUUGCAGUUCGUACCAAAUGUGUAGAACUAUGCAGAAUGCCAGCAUUAGCUAUAACUCUUAGUUUGGAAGCUAUUGCAGAUGUAGAUGUAGUUGGUUUUGUAUCAGGUCUACUAUUGGGUAACGAUCAACAAGUUCGUGCAUGGAUUGCAAUGUUUAUCCGAAAUGGACAAAAAAGAAAAUGGGAAUCACACACUGCACUUCAAUGUUUACGAGACGAAUUAUUGAGACAAUUACAAGCCAUCAUAUCUGUAGCAGAUAAAUCAGGAGAUAGUCAACUAUUAGCUGAGUCACAAGUAGUCAAAGCAAGUGCUUUACUCCGACUUUAUUGUGCUUUACGAGGAAUUGGUGGUAUAAAAUUUCAAGAUGAAGAAAUUACAAUGAUUGUUCAAUUGCUUACUUCACAUCCACCACCAUCUCCAGCUGGUGUUAGAUUUGUGUCUCUUGGACUCUGCAUGUUAAUUGCAUGUCCUUCACUUAUUGGACAUCAUAAUCUUGAAAAGAAAAGUAUCGAGUGGGUUCAGUGGUUAGUUAAAGAAGAAGCAUAUUUUGAGAACGCCAUUGGUGUGUCAGCCAGCUUUGGCGAGAUGCUUCUUUUAAUGGCAAUUCAUUUUCACAGUAAUCAAUUAUCAGCAAUUUGUGAUCUUGUAUGUGCUACUCUAGGAAUGAAGAUACCUAUCCGACCUAAUAAUCUCACUCGAAUGAAACAAAUAUUCAUGCAAGAAAUAUUUACUGAACAAGUUGUUACAGCGCAUGCUGUUAAAGUACCUGUAACUGCUAAUCUCAAUGCUAAUAUUCCUGGUUUUCUACCAGUACAUUGUAUUCAUCAAUUAUUAAAAUCCCGAGCAUUCGCUAAGCACCGAGUACCUAUUAAAAAUUGGAUCUAUAGACAAAUUUGUAACAGUGUACAACCAUUGCAUCCUGUUUUACCAGCACUUGUUGAAGUUUACGUUAAUUCUAUUCUUGUUAUAAAUAAUAAAAAUGCUGCUGAGCACACCAAUAAGCCAAUUACUGAAGACGAAAUCCGAAGAGUGUUUAAGAAUAGUCUUGAUAGCAGUAAUUCUGAUCAUAGUAUAAAUAAUGGUACUCAUGAAAUUAAUUCUCCUCACAAUAUUCGUAACAACUUUACCAAUAAUUAUAAUGACAGUGAAGUAGAAGACAAAAGAGACAAUUAUGAUCGGUGUAAAAAUAAUAUCAAUAAUAAUGAUGAUAUUCAGAUGGAUAUUGAUCAUGAUAAUAGUGAAUUAGAAAAUAACAUUAACAAAAAUGAUAUGGAUGUAGACAGUGCAAAUAGUGUAAAUAAUGUAGCGGAUACGAAUACAAAAUCACCAUCAUUAACGUCUCAAUUGUUAUUUUUAUAUUAUUUACUACUCUAUGAGGAUGUUAGACUGUCAAAUAUGUCAAAUUUUUUAGCACAAGGUCGUAAAGUGAAAUGUUAUUCUGUCGAGUUUCUCGCGGAAUUACCCAUUAAAUAUUUACUUCAACAAGCACAGCGGGAUCAAAUGAAUUAUGCUAAUCUUUUCCCACCACUUUUAAGAUUAUUAGCUACUCAUUAUCCUCAUCUUUCUCUUGUUGAUGAUUGGAUAGAUGAUGAAGUAAUUAAUAUUGAUAACUAUUCAAACAGUCAUUCAACUAAUUAUGAUAAUAUUACGGAUAUUAAUGACACUACUAUUAUGGAAGCGUUUGAACAUAUAAAAACUUGUCCUUCAAGAACCGGAAGGCUUUUGCGACAAUUAAUGGUAAUGAAACCAACAGAAAUUUGGGCCUAUAGUGAGACGAUAAUUCAUUAUUUCAAGACGGUAUUAGAUGAAAAAGUGCCGAGAUAUAUUCAAGAGUUAUAUAAACAAGUAUGGUUGAGAUUAAACACCGUUUUACCUCGAUGUCUUUGGGUUAUGUCAAUUAAUGCACUACUAAUGGAAAGUAGUCACCCUACGGUCAAAAAUAUUCAACUAACUCAGGAAAAUAUUGUUCUUGAUCCACUACAAGUUCUCCGAUGUGAUACAAGAGUAUUCAGAUGUGCACCAGUAUUAUCUGUUAUUUUACGGAUUCUCCAAGCAACACUAGCAGCAUCAAGGUCACAAUUAUCACGACACAUGCAAGACAGACCAUUGACUGAAAAAGUUGGCCAAUUAACGAGUGAAACUGAAAGGGAAGAUCUUAGAACUGCACUUAUUGCAGGUCAAGAGAGUGCUGCUGUUCAAAUACUUUUGGAAGCAUGCUUAGAAACGGAAGAAGAUGCAUUAGUACCCGGUCAAAUGUGGUCAUUACGAGAAAUUAGAAGUGUUAUAUGUUCGUAUUUGCAUCAGGUGUUCAUUAGUGAUCCAUCUCUCGCUAAACUAGUACACUUUCAGGGUUAUCCACGAGAACUUUUACCAAUUACGGUAUCCGGUAUACCAUCAAUGCACAUUUGUUUAGAUUGGAUACCAGAAUUAUUGUCUCAAGCAGAACCGGAAAAGCAAAUAUUUGCAGUAGAUUUAGCAUCACAUCUUGCUGUUCAAUAUGCCUUACCGAAAGCCUUGAGUGUUUCCCGUUUAGCAAUCAAUACACUAAUCACUUUACUGGGAGUUUUACCUGCGCGAGAUAGAGUCAUACUCUUUAUGCCAGUAUUGUCGGCACUUACAAGAAUGUGUUUAGCUUUUCCGCCACUAGCAGAAGAUAUCACCGGGUUACUUUUGCAACUUGGAAGAGUCAGUUCAGCACAAGCUGCUCUUGGUGACAAAUCCGCAGAAAUAUUAUGUCAUCAAGUUAAUCUGACAUUUACAUCAGUUCUACAAAAAGCCAUCCUCCAAUCACGAGUAUACUGAAUAUUUUUUAUAAGCUUUCACUUUUUACAAUAUGCACAUGUACAUAAAUGUAUGUAUACUUAUAUGUGCCGAAAUUUGUAUUAUUUUCUCAAACUAUUUACUGAAUAUUAAAUGUAUAUGUGUAUAUAAAUAAUUAAAUUUAAAAAAA